AUGCAACGAGAAUGGUCACGACCAAGGCCUAGUGCUGUAGGUAGGCAACAUGGGUACUUCUCCCUAGGUACCUCUCCCUAUGUACCUGGUUGGCAGCACGUGAGCAGCGGCAGGGAAGCAAGGCCAGGUUGGCAGGUACGCAGGCUGCGCGGUCCGAUUUUGUGGUUCCCCUGCUGCAACUUCGAUUUCAGCCAGAUCCGCACAGGCCCCCUUCUGCAGGUCGACUGUUGGCUGCCCGCUGUGGGCUACAACGGAGACAUCCCCCUGCCCUGAAUGUUGCCUGACAUGGGGGAGGAUGAAGGGCUGAUGUGUGUUUGUGCUUGUUGUGUGCGACAACAAUGCCACGUCGCCUGCUGGCCCAGAAGCGUCCCAGGCACCCGGGACAAAUCCCAAAAGGCACGCGCGUGUCAGUCACAUCAAGUUUCAGUCACAUCAAAGUCUGGUGUCCUCAACAGCAACUGCUCCUCCCGGCGGCAGGCAGGCAGACAGGCCCCUCCCCGCCCAGCUGCCCCUGUCCAUCUCUGGGAGCUAGGGAAAUCUCUACAUGAAGAGCUG